AUGGGAUCUUCCACAACCACAGACCAUCAGUAUGACAUCCUCAUUAUCGGCGCUGGCCUCUCCGGCAUCUGUGCACUCCACAACCUCCGAGAACGCUUCCCGUCUUGGCGGGUAGGGGUCAUCGAAGCGGCCGAUAAUGUUGGAGGCACGUGGUACUGCAACCGUUACCCCGGCGCACGCGUCGAUUCCGAGUCCCUCUCUUAUGCAUACUCGUGGGAUAAGGAGGUGCUGAACGAAUGGCAUUGGAAAGAAUCCUUCGCUCCACAAUCAGAGAUCCACCGUUAUAUCGAGUAUGUCUGUGACAAACACAAUUUGCGCAAGGACAUUCAGUUCAAUACUCGCAUCAAGUCUGCCCAAUGGCAGGAUAAGAGCAACACCUGGCUGUUUUGUGAUGAAGCCGGUACCUUUUAUCGGACCCGUUUCUUCAUCAGCUGCAUGGGGUUCCUGUCUACCCCGACACUUCCAGCUAUUCCCGAUAUCGAAAAAUUCCAAGGCGAAGCUUUCCACACAUCCCGUUGGCCGCAAGACUUCGACCUGAAACGCGACCUAGCCAACAAGCGGAUUGGAGUGAUCGGCACUGGUGCUACAGGAAUUCAGACCAUCACUGCAGUAUCCAAAGAAUCUAGUAUCAAAUCUUUGAGCGUUUUCCAGCGAACAGCAAACUGGUCAGCACCACUUCGCAAUGAGCCCAUCAGCCUCGAUCAGAUGGAACAACACCGCAAGGACUACGACUCCCUUUUCCAACUAUGCGCGGAGACCCCAGGAUGCUUCAUGCACCAAGCGGACCCACGAAAGUCCCUAGAAGUGUCUGAGGCAGAGCGCUUCAAGCUCUGGGAAGAUAUAUACGCAAAGCCCGGUUUCGCCAAAUGGCUCGGCACAUUUAGCGACACAUAUACCGACCGCGAAGCGAACCGGCUCUAUUCCGACUUUAUGGCGAGCAAAAUCCGAGCGAGGGUGCACGACCCAAAGGUGGCAGACAGUUUGAUUCCUAAGAAUCAUGGCUUCGGCACACGGCGUGUACCUCUCGAGAGCGGAUACUUUGAAGUUUAUAACCAGCCCAACGUCAAUCUUGUCGAUCUGCAAAAGACGCCCAUAGAAAGAGUUACAGAGAAAGGCAUUAUCACAUCCGACGGCAAGCACCAUGAUCUGGACGUCUUGAUCUAUGCCACUGGCUUUGAUGCUAUCACUGGUGCAUUCAGCUCGAUUGAUUGGACCGGGAAAGAUGGCCGUCCCCUUCUCGGCUUUAGCGAUAACAACGAAGGCAAAGAAGCAAUUUGGAUAGACCACCGCCCACGCACAUACCUGGGUAUGACGGCCAACUCUAUGCCUAACAUGUUUAUGGUUCUUGGCCCUCACCAGCCAUUCGGCAACGCUCCUCGGACAAUUGAGCAUGCUGUUGAUGUUAUUUCGGACUUGCUUCAGUACUGCAAGGACAAUGACUACUCUUACGUGGAGCCUACACCAGAAGCUGUGGAUGCUUGGACUGAGCAUGUUGUCGAGUGCAGCAAGGGUGCUCUGUCGAAUGAAGUCGAUAGUUGGAUGACUGGUGUUAAUAAGAAUGUUAAGGGCAAGACUGUUCGCAGCGUGGCUCGGUAUUCUGGCAGUGCCGUCGAAUAUCGCCGGAGAUGCGCUCAGUCUAAAGCUGAAGGGUGGAAGGGGUUGACAUUUGAUAUGCUUCCUGAUGCUAAGAUUUCGAACCCCCAGAUUGCCACUUCCAGGCUUUGA